AUGGCGAACUCAAAAUUUGAAUAUGUUCGAAAUUUUGAGCAGCCAGACUCCCUCAUGCCCAAUACUUGGGUUGUAGUGCGCAUAGAUGGGAGAGGAUUUACCAAAAUGUGCGCCAAAUAUGAAUUCGAAAAGCCCAAUGACAAGAGAGCGCUUGAUCUUAUGAACGCAGCAGCCAAGGCUGUUGUGACUGAUUUGCCAGAGAUCACUAUUGCCUACGGAGUUAGCGACGAAUACAGCUUCGUCUUUCAUAAGACCUGCAACCUCUUUGAGAGAAGAGCAAGCAAACUCGUCAGCACAAUUGUUUCUACCUUUACGGCAAAUUAUGUCUAUCUCUGGUCGACAUACUUUCCGGACACUCCUCUCUCAUUUCCUCUUCCGACAUUUGAUGGCCGAGCUGUCUGUUAUCCGACAGUACAAAAUCUCCGGGACUACAUGAGUUGGAGACAAGCUGAUUGCCAUAUCAAUAACUUAUAUAAUACGGCAUUCUGGAAACUGAUACAGCUGGGCGGGCUUGAUAAUAAGGAGGCUGAGAAAACCCUUGCUGGAACACUGGCUGCCGACAAGAAUGAAAUACUGUUUUCUCGCUUCAAGAUCAACUACAACAAUGAGCCGGAAAUGUUCAAAAAGGGAAGCAUAAUAUUUAGAGAUUAUGAACUGGUCGAGCCCGGCAGUCAUAAUGAAGCAGCAGCAGCAGACGCCCUUGCGGAGCCGGUAGUGCAGUCAAAAUCACAAGCCGAAAAGGAUAAGAAGCGCAGAGCCAAAGCGAAAGUGGUGGUGGAGCACUUGGAUAUUAUCAGGGACGAAUUUUGGGACAAGCGGCCUUGGAUUCUAUCUGGCAAGCCUGGUCGACCGGCCAAUCUAUCCAAAGAAAUACAAACUUGA